GCCGAACGGGGGCAGGAGGCCAUCGUCAAGCUACUGCUCGAGAAGGGCGCAGAUGUCAACGCAAAGGAUAAUGAUGGUCGGACGCCGCUAUGGUGGGCUGCUGAAGGGGGACAUGAGAUCGUAGUCAAGCUGCUGCUCGAGAAGGGUGCAGAUGUCAACGCAAAGGAUAAUGAUGGUCGGACACCGCUAUGGUGGGCUGCUGAAGGGGGACAUGAGAUCGUCGUCAAGCUGCUGCUUGAGAAGGGUGCAGAUGUCAACGCGAAGGAUAAUGAUGGUCGGACGCCGCUUUGGCUGGCCGCCGUAAAAGGGCGCGAGGCUAUCGUCAAGCUGCUGCUUGCAAAGUGUAGUGCGAAUACAGAAGAUAACACAGGUCGAACACACAUUGUCAUUUGCGGCCAAGAACGGGCAUGAUACCAUCGUUAUGGCAUUACUUAGCCAUGAAUCUGUUGAUCUCGACCAGCAAGAUCAUUAUGGUUCGACGCCGUUAUCAAUAGCUGUACGAAAUUGUCGCCCACAGAUAGUCAAAGCGCUGCUGGCUACUGGAGAAGUCGCUUUCAACUCUCAGGAUCGUUUCGGUCGGACUUUAUGGUGGUGGGCUAGAAGAAGUCGAAAUACCGACAUCCAGCAAGCAUUACGAGACUACUCGGAGAAGAGAGGUAUAGCAAUUUGCAAUAAUGACGAUUUUAUCGAGGUGAGCCCGAUAUCUAAUUACGAGUCAUCUCGGUGGUGCGACGUUUGCACUUUGAGCAUUCCGGAAAACGAGGUCUUCUACGAAUGCGACCAUGAGUUGGCUUUAAAAAGAAAGACAAAAAGGGAUGAGGUUGGUCUACUCUAUCUUUUACUACGAUCCCUCUUGGCGUAUUAUUGUUUGCAUAUAGUAUAGUAUUAUACUAUAAACCAAUAUCACCCUAUAUAUCCGAUAGCACUAUAAUAUAAUACAUGCCUUUAAGGUUACUG